AGGUAUAAAGCGUUCUGUGAUGUAAACAACACGGGAAUAAUACUAGAUCUUUGUGUCAUCUGGAGAAUAUCUUCUCUAGAGUUAGGGUUCGGGUUAGGUUUAUAAAUUACAUGUCAAACGAACAAAUUGAAGCUGUAACAACGGUGGAUUGUGGCUAAAACUAUUCUGAAGGGUUAGGGUUAGAAUUGUGGGUAUAAACACUCACUGACAGAUAUUCUACAGAUCGGUCAAGAUCCAGUGGCAGUAGCGUCAAAAACGUGAAAAUAAUGCAAACUUUUCAAAGAAAUAGUGGAUUUCUGUUGAAUGACAAAUACCCACUGCAUCGUGCUGCUAGAGAAGGUAGAGCAGAAAUAUUACAGAAUUUAUUAAAGACUGAAGCGUUUGCUGUUAAUUGUGCUAGUCCAGAUUUAGUGAGACCAUUACAUGAAGCAUGUAUAUAUGGAAGAUUACAGUGUGUUAAAAUACUAGUAGAAGCAGGUGCUGAAGUAAAUGUCCGAAAUAUUGAUGGUGCUACACCGUUAUGUGAUGCCUGUUCCAAUGGUAGUCUGCCAUGUAUAGAAUAUUUAUUAGACCAUGGUGCAAUAGUAAAUCCACCAUUAUUAAUGACAUCUCCAUUACAUGAGGCUGUAUUAAGAGAUAAUGUAGAUUGUAUAGAGCUUCUGAUAAAAGCUGGUGCUAGAGUGGAUGCGAGUGAUUGUCAUUUUGGAACACCCUUACAUAUAUCAGCAUAUAAAGACCAUGAAGCUUGUGCUAGCAUUCUUCUUAAAUUAGGAGCAUCAGUAAAUGCUACAAAAAUUCACCUUACACCAUUACAUGAUGCAGCCAGACAUCAAGAUGUGAGUUUUUUAACUUUAUUAUUGAAUCAUGGAGCUGAUAUAUAUGCCAGGAAUAACCAUGGUUUAUUACCUAGAGAUUUAAUACGUAGUAGUACUUCACCAGCUAAAAAGCUUUUAUUAUUCUGGGAAGGUAAUCCACAAUCAUUACGACAUUUCAGUCGACUCAAAGUACGUAAGUUAUUGGGAGGCAACAGAUUGGAUUGUAUAGAUCAACUUUCAAUACCAAAAGUUUUAAAAGAAUAUUUGAAAUUUACUUGAACCAUUGUAAUUAAGUUGGGAUCACACAUAAAUGGGGCAUUACCCAAUAUUAGCUUGAUUUUGAAUCCUUAAAAUCAUUUAUCAGCUUGAAUAAAUCUAGUCCAAAUGCUUUAAGUAACAACAACAGUUGUGUAAAUAUUGUCUAAAUACUGUAAAUGAAACAUUGAAUAAAUUGUUUUUUAACAAAG